AUGCUGAGCUGGAUAAUGUCUAAAGGAGCUGACAUGGUCUUUGUGAGGUCACACUGGUAUGCUUCAUCCAGAUGAUGGGUUGCCAUGGAGAUCGGUUAUUCCAGUUUGUGAGCAUGACUGUGGUGGACAGAAGGGGGAUACAGGGACAAGGAGUUGGAUAUUGAAAUAAAGAGAAUUGUGUGUUUUUCCACCGCUUGCUUUUCAUCUGACUUGGCUCAGUUGGCUGCUCUUUUCCCCCUCUCUCCCUCUCUCCUGUCAACACUGAGACUGUGUCUGGUUCAGUUUGCUCUCUGGUAUCUAAUGGUUUCAGGUACUGUAACAGAUUAAUGAGGUGUCUGCUUAAUCAAUGAGCCUUGCUCUGGCAUGACAGGGCCUUCCUGCUGGAGAAGGAGGGAAUCAUUAUCUCUACUACAAACAGUGUAAAUGUGUGUUUGUGUACAGUACAUGUUGGUGAGGAGGUGGGGGCAGGUAGGUCUAUUAGAUACGCUAUAUAUGACUGAGUGAGGCAGUGUAAAUAUCUGUAGAUGUGACCAAGUGAUAAAGUGUUUAUGGAUUGAUAGAAGGACAGACUCUGGAGCAUACCGUUAAUAUUCAUGUGUGUAUGCAAGAAGAAAUAGAGAACAUUUAUCUAAGUGUGUGUGUGUGUGUGCGUGCGUUGCGUGCGCGUGUGUGUAUACUGUAUAUAUGGUGAGGAAGAGAGCAGAAAGCGUUUGUCUGUGUCGGCAGGCGUCAUUAGACCACAGGAGUGUGAAGGAGGAAAAUGAGGUCAUGAUGUUUAGGAUGAUGAUCUGAAUACAAAUUAAGCCUUGUGUCACACGCACACACACAGCACGUAAACUGUCUCUCCAUACAAUGCAUAAUACAUUUCAGUCAACCCCUAAAAACUACACCAAAUGUUGCUCAACAGUUUUUGUUGUUUUAUUUUCUUACAACAUCCCCUGUGUUUUUCCAUCUGAGGGUGUAGCUCAUAAGACGGGGGUCAAACAUCAGCUUGGGACCAAGUCACUGAGGACAGAAAAUCAAUCCUGAAGAACUUCCAAAUGUUUGAAACCGUCCAGCUGUGUUUGACCAUUGUUUUUCACUGGUGACAUUGAGCCGGGCUUCUGGACCUUGGGUCAGAGGGAGGGCCAGACGGAGACAACCUCCAGUAUCUUACGGGUCCAAAGAGAAACGUAGGAUAAAAUGUUAGUGUUAUGUAAAGAUUAGGGUACUGGUUGGGGUUGAGGGAUGUGGACAUGAAGCUAGAGUUAGGGUUAGGGUUGAGGUUAGGGGUGGGGUUGAACCGGAUGUGGACAUUAAACUAGGGUUAGGGUUAGGUAGCCUCGUCGCGAACCAGGCUUGACAACGACUUGAUUUUGGAGGUAUGGCAAUGAGAGACUAGGGUUAGGGUUGUGGUUGAGGCUAGAGUUAGGCUUGAACUGGGAUGUUGACAUGAAGCUAGGGUUAGGGUAAGGGCUGACCUAGCCUAUGUUUAACCCCUAGCUCAAUCCUAACCCUAACCUAGAUUUCAUCGUCAUUUCUAAACUGUGGACAGGCUCUGAUGUGGUAUGUUUCAAACGUCUGUGGGUCCAGCUACCCGUGAGGGGCCACUGGCACUAGCUGUGAGAUUUAUGUGCGUGUCUCUUCUUCCCCCAUGUGGUUGAAUUAAUAAACACAUGAAGAAAAAAUGGCGACCUCCAUGUGUGUACUGUGUCAAUGAUCAACUAACGUUUACUCACGUUAUUGUCAAAGGACAUGGAUUGUCAAACGAUAAUAAUUAUAUAGAGAGAAAUGCCAAAUUGUUAUCCAUCUUAAACGACAACAGCGUUGCGUGAAAACAUGAGUUUUCCCCAAAAACACUUUCAAAUGAUCUUGGUAGCAUAGCUAGCUGUUAGAUCAUCUACACCAGGGUUGUCAAACUCAUUCCAUGGAGGGCCUAGCGUCUGCUAUUUUUGAUAUUUUGCCUUUCAAUUAAGACUUAGACAACCAGGUGAGGGGAGUUCCUUACUAAUCAGUGACCUUAAUUCAUCAAUCAAUCCAGGCUCUGUCGUAGCCGUCCGCGACCGGGAGACCCAUGGGGCGGCGCGCAAUUGGCCCAGCGUCGUCCAGGGUAGGGGAGGGAAUGGCCGGCAGGGAUGUAGCUCAGUUGAUAGAGCAUGGCGUUUGCAACGCCAGGGUUGUGGGUUCGAUUCCCACAGGGGGAAAAAAAUAAUGUAUGCACUAACUGUAAGUCGCUCUGGAUAAGAGCGUCUGCUAAAUGACUAAAAUGUAAAUUUAAAUAUCAAGGCUGCUGGCAGAGAGAGGCUGCAGGGUUGUUGUGGUGUCCAGGAACCAGGAUGCUGCUCAGGCCACUGUGGUGUCCCUCGAUGGAGGUACGGUAUAAUACCUGCAGGGGUGUCAUGCACCUGUUUGUUGGGCUCUUCUGUUCACAUUUUCAAAACAAGAUGAUGAGCCUAGUGCCACACUGACUACUGUUGUUUAUUAAAUACAGCUGUAAUUGUCUGUUUACCUAAUGCUAAACCAAUCUCUCAUGUUCUAGCUGGCUUUAGUUGUGACAUCUCCAAAGGAAAGGAAGUGCAGAAGACGUUUGAGAUUAUCCAGAAGACCUGUGGAAACAUCUCAUACCUGGUCAAUGCAGCUGGCUCAACAGGUGUGUGUGUGACUGUGAAUGAAUCAGUACUCGUAUGAAUCUGUACUCGUACAGGUGUACAGGUUAGUUUCAUACCUUCAGGACUCCCAUGACAGUCUUAAGCAGGUGAGCUUGCAUGUGUAUAAAAUAAUUUUAAAAAAUAACUCCUCCAUCUCCUGUGUGUAUGUAUGCACCUCCCUGUCUGUGUGUGUUCAGGGGAUGGUCUGUUGCUGAGGACCAGGCCAGAAGACAUGGUGGCUAUGCUUCAUACCGACCUACUGGGGAGCAUGUUGACCUGCAAGGCAGCGCUAUGGAGCAUGCUCCACACCCAGGGAGGGGCCAUUGUCAACAUAAGUACUGUUACUGUAUGUACAGCCUCUUCUCAUUAUUGAGAUACCAGAUGCCUUCAAUGUUGCAGUUUGGCCACAAGGUGGUGGUUGUGGUCCAGGUAAUAAACCUAAUUUCCCACUUCAUUUUACCUUGCGUUAACCCAAUUAAUGUGUUCAUGGUUGUGAUCUGUGGUGGGGUUGAAGGGGAACGCAGGUCAGUGUGUGUACAGUGACAGUAAAACAGGUCUGGAGGGCUUCACUCGCUCCCUGGCCAAGGAGGUGGCCUCACGCAACGUCAGGGUUAACUUGCUGGCUCCAGGUAGGGAACUGUCUCUUCCUCCUUUCUUUACAGCUCCUCUCUUUCAUCUGUCUGCUUAUUCACCUCAACUCCUAGCCCUUGUCCUAGCCUUUGUCCUAGUUUGUUUAUGAUUUUGUAAUCUCCGUCAUUGGCGUGCUAAAAUAGAAACAGACUUGUACUGCACCUAGCAUAUUGGUUUCCACUGUCCUCUCAGCUCGAAUUCAGUUCUCUCCUGAUCCUGUCCCUCCCUUCUCUUCUCUUCGCUAGGUUUCAUCCUGACAGACAUGACAGCGGGGCUGGGAGCCUGA